AUGUGGUUACCAAGAUACAGCUUAGAAAGAAAAGAGAGAUUGAAUGUGAAUGGAUUUGUGGCAGUGGCAAUUGAUAAAGACAAAGGAAGUCAAGGAGCUCUCAAAUGGGCAAUUGAUCAUUUGCUUCAAAGAGGACAGACUGUUUUUCUCAUUCAUGUCAAACUCAAAUCUCCUAAUUCUUCCCAAAAGAUGAGUUUGAAAUCGGACCCUGAAGCCAGUGUCAAAGAAUUAUUCCUUCCUUUUCGUUGCUUUUGUACUCGAAAGGAUAUACAAUGCAAAGAUAUUGUGUUGGAAGAUACAGAUGUAGCAAAGGCCAUAAUUGAGUAUGUUGCAAAUACAGCCAUAGAGAAUAUUGUCGUGGGUGCUUCAGCAAAAUCUGGCUUCUUAAGAUUCAAGGCAACUGAUAUUCCUGGCAGUAUAGUCAAAGGAGCACCAGAUUUUUGUAAUGUGUUUGUCAUUUCUAAAGGUAAAAUCCAAUCGAUGCGUUCGGCAUCACGUCCUGCUCCAUCGGUAAGUGCUCUACGAGGUCAAUUAGUGCAACAAUGCAGCACAAAAUCCGAUACGCCCGACUUCCCUAUCAAUCACUCUGCAAGUGCAAGAGUGUCUUUGGAUAAGCCACCCCUUGAUGUGCCUAGUAAAUCGCAAGACGAGGCUGAUUUCAUGAGGUCCCCAUUCACAAGGAAAGGAUAUAAUUACAAAGCAUCAUAUGGAGAUUUAUCUAUGCAAGAUUCAGAUAUAUCUUUUGUUAGCUCGGGAAGACCGAGCAUCGAUCGUAUAUUUCCUUCACUUUAUGACAGUCAAGAUAUGGGAGGAAGAGCGACACCACCACAAAUUUCAAGCAGUACAGAUCUUGACUUGACUCGCAGCUUUGAGUCUCUGCAAUUGGGACGGAUGUCGGUCGAUAUGAACUUUCCGUCCGAGUUCUCUUCUAUCUCACAAGAUAGUGACAGAUUGUCUAUCUCAUCACAGUCUAUGGAAGACGUUGAGGCUGAGAUGCGGAGGCUGAAGCUAGAACUCAAGCAAACCAUGGAAAUGUACAGUACAGCCUGCAAGGAAGCUCUUACAGCAAAACAAAAGGCUGUUGAGCUACAACGUUGGAAAUUGGAAGAAGAACAAAGAUUAGAAGAGGCGAGAUUGGCAGGCGAAGCUGCAUUGGCACUAGCCGAACAAGAGAAGCGAAGUCGAAAGCAGCUAUUGAGGCAGCUGAAGCAGCUAGAAAGAAUUGCAGAAUUAGAAGCACAGAAAAGAAUGAAGGCUGAAAUGAAAGCACUCAAAGAAGCUGAAGAGAAGAAAAAGGCCUUUGAUGCAUUGGCACAAACUGAUAAUAUCAGGUAUAGAAAGUAUACAAUCGAGGAGAUCGAAGCGGCAACAGAGUUCUUUUCCGAAUCUCGUAGGAUCGGAGAAGGAGGAUAUGGUCCUGUUUACCAGUGUGAUCUUGAUCAUACUCCUGUUGCCAUUAAGGUUCUACGUCCGGAUGCUACUCAAGGGCGAUCUCAGUUUAAACAAGAGGUAGAAGUACUUAGUUGUAUACGUCAUCCAAACAUGGUUCUCCUCCUUGGAGCUUGCCCCGAGUACGGCUGCCUGGUGUAUGAGUUCAUGGCUAAUGGGAGCUUAGAAGACCGACUUUUGCGACGAGGAAACACGCCUUCGCUUUCGUGGCAACUUAGGUUCAAAAUUGCAGCUGAAAUUGGAACAGCAUUGUUGUUCUUGCACCAAACAAAGCCAGAGCCUCUUGUGCAUCGUGAUCUAAAACCAGCUAACAUUCUACUCGAUCGUAACUUUGUCAGUAAGAUCAGUGAUGUUGGCUUAGCCAGGCUUGUACCACCGUCGAUUGCUGAUAGCGUAACACAAUAUCGAAUGACAUCAACUGCUGGAACAUUUUGCUACAUUGAUCCAGAGUAUCAACAAACCGGUAUGCUCGGUGUGAAAUCCGACAUAUACUCGCUAGGUAUCAUGUUUCUCCAAUUGAUAACUUCAAAGCCGCCAAUGGGAUUGACUCACCAUGUCGAAAGAGCUAUCGAGAAGGGGACGUUCGAAAAUAUUCUUGAUCCAGCUGUCCUCGAUUGGCCUGUUGAAGAAGCUUUGUCCUUUGCUAAGUUGUCACUCAAAUGUGCCGAGUUAAGACGUAAAGAUAGGCCGGAUCUUGGAAAGGUUAUCCUUCCAGAGCUUAACAGGUUAAGAAUUAUGGCAGAAGAAACAAUGCACCCAACACUGAUGGGAGACACAAGCCCUUCUCGCAAUAGCAGUCAAGUUUCUCUUCAGUUGGGAGCGAUGGGUUCAUCUCCACAAUCAUACAACAGCUCGAGAAAUCCGUCGACUAAUUUUUGA